AUGACUUUGUUGGCCGCCUCGGCUUGUCCAUUUGUUUGGUGGAACAUCCAUUUACACAUAACCCGUGAUAGGAAUGUUCUGAAGGCCACCAUCGAUGUACUUGAAGCUGGUGAAAUGAACUUUUACUGCACCCAUCUUGAUCAUCUUGAUGAGAAUUGGAGGAUGAAGCAGAUUAAUGCAAUCCGAGUAACUGCAGAGGAUAUACCUCAACAGAAAACUAAGAGUAAUGACACAAACUUAAGUCAAUACUCUGAAGAGAUUGGAAAACCAAUACCAAAGGUUGAAGUGAUGAAAUAUCUAAAGAGUAAGCACUACACGGAUGCUAAGGACUAUUCACGGGAAUGUGAAUCUGUUGUGAUGAUUGCCAAAGGACAAAGUGUGCAAGGGACAUGUAAGUAUGGAACAAGGGUAGAUUACAUAUUAUCAUCAUCAGAUUCAACAUAUAAGUUCGUAGCAGGGUCCUGUCUUGUGCUUUCUUCCAAAGGGACUUCAGAUCAUCACAUAGUCAAAGUUGAUGUGGUUAAAGAAAAUAAUAGCAUUCUAAACAGUAGUCCUCGUCAAGAAGAAAAUAAUAAUGUAACAAAGAAGCAGCAGAGAAUGAAAACACAGCCAAGUCCAUCAACUUGUAUAUGGAACAAAAACACAUACGGGAGAGAUAUAGAUUGA